CAGCUUACACCAUAUCAAGAACAUUUUAAAGAUGAAGAUACACAUUACUUGAAUUGAGCACCAUUAGUUCCGGCCUCGACCCAACUGUUCGAUCCUGUCCUCAUUCUCACCAUGUGCGAUGGUGAGCUGCAAAAAUCGUCGUCUUCCUUUUUACUCCUCGUUGUCUGUGUGAGUCCCCUGUCACACUCUAGAUUUGACUUUGAGUUUACCUUAAGAAAAGCUUCUGUGGAGUGCUGCCUUUACCAUUUUACCCCCCUCUUUUUCAUGCCUCUGACUCCUAUCUUGCUUGCCUGGUGAACAAUCCAUGGCUGAUUAAGACAUUUUAGGAGAGAGAGACAUGGGGGUUUCUACUUUCUGUGGAUGCCUUUAAUUUGAAUUCAGAGGGAGCAAGUGACAGACAUUCGAGACACAAAGUGCCAAGACUGGAAACCCUGGUCGUGUUUUAGAGAGAGGAGGCGAGCAUUGAUGAUCGAAACUUGGAUUGGUUUUGCUCGGCAUUGAUAUAUAAAGAAGGAUCGAUCGGCGGCAUUUCAGACCGAGAACGAGAGGCUCCAGUUGAUAUUGUAGUUACAAGAAGUACCUAUAGAGAGAUAUAUAAACGGAAUGGGAAGGCAGGGGCAGAGAUCUGGUGCGGCGGCGGCUCAUCACCAGCGCCAGCAUUCGGAUAAUUUUCUGGAAUCGUCGUCCAAUGGAAGAUGGCUACAAACGGCUGGUCUUCAGCAACUCCACUCAUCGAAUGCAACCAUCCCUCCUCUUCAGGAUUAUAAUUUCUAUGGCGGAGAUGUAGGAGGGCAGGGAUCAAGAUUGUUUCGCAAUGCUCAAAGGGGUUUCAAUGGAGUAAAUGAGUUUUACACAGAGCCCGCUUCACCUCCUGUGAAUUCGCGCUCAUUGAAUCAGAGAAAGAAUGGUGAAGAUUCACCAAAUGAAUUCAGUCCUGGGCUUCUGGAUCUGCAUUCUUUUGAUACUGAGUUACUUCCUGAGAUGCAACUCCCUGGCCUGCAUGAUGGUUCUUCUAUUUUUCAUCAUCUUCGAGGCCGAAGUUUCGAUGACUCUGAAACCUACAUUGCAAGCAAGCAACAAACUGGGCGCUCUUGUGCUUUGCCUGAGAACAACCUCCUGAAAAGUCUUGUUGCUGACAAAGAGAAGGCCAAUACCGUUGCAAAGAUUAAAGUUGUGGUUCGGAAGAGACCACUUAACAAAAAGGAGUUAGCAAAGAACGAGGAGGAUAUUAUAGAUACACAUUCCAAUUCUCUAACAGUUCAUGAGACUAAGCUUAAGGUUGACCUAACAGAAUAUGUUGAGAAGCAUGAAUUUGUUUUUGAUGCUGUGCUGAAUGAGGAGGUUUCAAAUGAUGAGGUGUAUCGGGAGACUGUGGAGCCCAUAGUUCCUAUAAUUUUCCAACGCACCAAAGCAACUUGUUUCGCAUAUGGACAAACUGGAAGUGGAAAAACAUAUACUAUGAAACCAUUACCACUCAAAGCAUCACGAGAUAUCUUGAGGUUGAUGCUCCAUACAUACAGAAACCAAGGAUAUCAACUAUUUUUCAGUUUCUUCGAGAUUUAUGGAGGAAAACUUUUUGAUCUCCUCAAUGAGCGAAAAAAACUUUUCAUGAGAGAGGAUGGUAAGCAGCAAGUCUGUAUAGUGGGUUUGCAAGAGUAUCGAGUAUCAGAUGUGGAGACUAUUAAGGAGCUAAUUGAGAAAGGAAAUUCCAGUAGAAGUACUGGCACAACUGGGGCGAAUGAAGAAUCCUCCCGUUCCCAUGCUAUACUACAGCUGGCUAUCAAGAAAUCUGUUGAUGCAAAAGAAUCAAAGCCUCCUCGUCUAGUUGGCAAACUCUCUUUUAUAGACCUCGCUGGAAGUGAGAGAGGUGCAGAUACCACAGAUAAUGACAAACAGACAAGAAUGGAAGGUGCUGAAAUCAAUAAGAGCUUACUUGCAUUGAAAGAGUGCAUCAGAGCUCUUGACAACGACCAGGGACAUAUUCCCUUUAGAGGCAGCAAAUUAACCGAAGUACUUAGAGACUCCUUUGUUGGAAAUUCGCGCACUGUUAUGGUGUCUUGCAUUUCACCUAGCUCUGGAUCAUGUGAACAUACUCUCAAUACUUUAAGAUAUGCUGACAGGGUGAAGAGUCUUUCCAAAGGGAACAAUCCUAGGAAGGACGUGUUGUCAUCUACCAUGAAUCUAAAGGAAUCAACAACUGUUCCCCUAUCUUCUGCUCUACCUAGUGUAUCCAACUUUGAGAAUGACAUGACUGAUGCAUGGCCUCAACAAAAUGAGGGAGAUAAUUAUGAUGUAUCAGAAGAUUCCUAUGAGCAUGAAAGGCCAAUGUGGAAGAAGAGCUGCAAAUUAGAACAAUACAGUAUCUCCAUUUCAGAGGACAAGACAAGGAAACCCAAUCAUCAGACAAAAUGGAAUGAGCUUCUUAAAGCUGAUCUUAAGAGCUCAAGUUCGGAUGACGAGUUAAAUGCCCUGCUACAGGAAGAGGAAGAUCUUGUUAAUGCUCACCGCAAACAAGUAGAGGAGACUAUGAAUAUUGUCCGAGAGGAAAUGACUCUCUUGGUUGAAGCAGACCAACCAGGGAAUCAGCUGGAUGAUUAUGUUACUAAGUUGAAUGCCAUUCUUUCACAAAAGGCUACUGGCAUCCUGCAAUUACAAACUCGUUUGGCUAAUUUUCAAAAACGCUUAAAGGAACACAAUGUUCUGGUAUCAUCUUCAGGCUACUGAUGUCAUGCGGAGGCUUCGGCAAGAAGAAGUUAGUUGUUACUUCCUAUCUACCACAACUGCAGGAUUAUUGACCUGGUUGUGGAUUUGAUUUCAUGCAAUUUUGCGAUUUUUUUGGGAACAUCAGUUGGAAUUGGUGUCAUGCAGCAUACUGCUGUGUCCGGCAACCUUUUUUCAUUUAGAGGGGUUGAAAAUUUCCUUUUGGUUCCUACCUCUCAUCCACCUGAUACCAUACUCCCUACACACAAUAUGCCGCCUUUUCCCUUUUAAACAAGUUAUCUGCAGGCAUAGAAUUCACUUGCCAUUGAGGGUAUCAUCAUUCGAUUGUUCAUUACAGUUUGUUUGUGUAUCAUUCCAUUCAUGUUAGAUUUCGUUGGCAGAGGUUUUGGAUGGAGGUUUGUAUCAUGUAAAGUGUAAACCUUUAUGAUUUCACAUAAGAGAGUAAUUUUCGUCCA